AAGCAAAUGUUGCCUAAAUUGAGCAAUUCUCUCGUGAUGCAAGUGAGCGAUGCACUAAAUGUUGAUGAAUCACGCAAUGAAGUGUUACUAAAUGUUGCUAAAUUGGAUUUCAACAUCUUGCAAAGGUUGCAUAAAAGGGAGCUAUGUGAUAUCACAAGGUGGUGGAAAGAAUCGGAAAUAGCAGAGACACUACCUUUUGCAAGAGACAGAGUAGUUGAGUUAUACUUCUGGAGUUUAGGUGUAUACUUUGAGCCUCAGUAUAGCGUUGCCAGAAAAAUACUAACCAAAGUGUUAUGCUUCUGUUCAAUUAUGGAUGACACUUACGAUACAUAUGGCACAUUAGAUGAACUUACUCUCCUCACAAAGGCAAUUGAAAGGUGGAACAUUGAUGCUUCAGAAGAGUUACCGCCGUAUAUGAAGCUCUCUUACCGUGCUCUUCUUGAUGUUUACCGUGAAGUGGAGAGAGAGUUGGAAAGUCAUGAUAAUAAGUCAUUUGGAGUCGAAUAUUCCAUAACUGAGAUGAAAAAGCUGUUGAAGGCUUACUUCCAAGAGGCCAAAUGGUAUCAUGGGAUGAAUGUCCCAACAAUGGAGGAGUAUAUAAAGAAUGGAAUUCCAUCGAGCACUUACCUAUUGCUUGCCACUACUUCUUGGUUAGGCAUGGGAGAGGUAGCAACUAAGGCGGCAUUUGAUUGGAUAUCAACUGAACCUACAAUUCUCGUCGCUUCGUGUAUAAUUGCAAGAUUGCUCAACGAUCUUGUAACACAUGAGAUAGAGCUUGAAAGAGGAGAUGUAGCUUCAGGUAUCGAAUGUUACAUGAAUGAAUAUGGUGUCAAAAAAGAAGAAGCAUACAUGGAAAUUAGGAAAAUAAUAGAGAAUAGAUGGAAGGAUUUGAAUCGAGAAUGCCUAAAACCUACAGCUGUACCAAGAGUUUUGCUAAUGCCAGUGCUCAACCUUACAAGGGUUGCAGAUUUCUUUUAUAAAGAUGAAGAUGCUUAUACAUUUUCCAAAAAUAACUUGAAAGACGUCGUCUCUAUGGUGCUAAUUGAUCCUAUCGCAACAUGAGAAUUUUACUUUAUAGCUUGAUGUUUCUUGGGUUGCGUCCAAACUAGAGUUGUCUCUGUGUAGUUAAUUAGAUGCUCCGACUAUAUACACGAUUUGAGUAAGUUACUGUUGUUUGUAUUGUAUUUUAUUGUAUUGUAUUGUAUUGUGUUGUUACUUAAAUACAAUGUUUGUUUGUUUU